AUGGGUCUAACCUCCUCUGCAAGAAGAGUCAUGGACUCAGUAUCAACAGUUAGUUCAUGGAGGAACCAAGCUGGCACAGCUAUAGUGACACAUGUGAACAAGCACACAUUUAACCUUGUUGCAAUUAAGCAGAGGAAGCUUGCUCCUGAAAUGAGUUCAUCAAACCUGAGGGCCACAUCCCAUGACAACAUAGUGGGCCUACAAAAGAUGUACUUCAAUGGCACAGAUAUCCUUCUUCUCUAUAAUAAUGUGGGAAACAUGCAUGUAUCUCUUGCCAAUAUUCCAGGUCCCAGUGAGUCUUUGAUUGAGGCUGAGAUUGCAGCAAUGUGCAAGCAGGGCUUGAUGGUUGGGCUAAAGUGGGGCCCUCAAAUGCUUGACUUUGUACUCUGUACAGAGUAUGGAGUACACUGUAAAAGCAACCAUAUCUCUGCAAAAGCAGAUGAUUUCCUCAUACAUGUCUUUUUGACAUUUUCACUGGGUUCUGAGUACUUGAUUCCACAUUUCUCUGUGGCAGUGAAGAACAAUGCAGUGAAUGGUGAUUCCUUACUAUCUAAGUUGGGGGUAUGUAAUGUAGUGUACCUUGCAUGUUUGGAGGUUGACAGGAUGAAUGAAACUGGCAUUGUUGAAAUCAAACUGAAUGCUACACUCCAAGAACUGGAGUCCAAGCCCCAUACCCUUGGACAAAUGAUCACUAUCCCUGAGGAAAGUUUUGUUAAUACCAGAUUGUCAUCAGCCAGCAGUUAUUAUAAGUCUUGUGAUGAGGUCCCCAUCAUGAAUCUUGACCAUAUCAUUGCUUGUCAUGGAGGAAGAACCUCAAGCAUUGACUGCCUGCUGGAAAAGAUGGGUGAAGCAAAGAGAGUAUUGCUGUUGUUAAAAGAGAAGCUACUGGAUCUGAAAAAAGAAAAUAGAUGA